CAGCCAGAGGCCUGGUCACUGUAUGUGACUAUCAUUUCUUAGCACUACAGAGAAUCAGUCAAUUUGCAGAAAUUCACCGGGGACGCUUGUCAACCAGACGUUUGACUUCAGCUGAUGUUUGUGCAGGGAUUCCUUGCUGCGUCAUGUGUCGCCUCUUGAACAUCUUCCUGGCUCUGCUGAGUCGUUUCCUGUUCGCUGCCCAUGGAGUUGUGACGGUGUGGCAAGUGGUGACCGUUAAAGGGAAGCCCCUCUACUGGCUGCUGCUUUCAGGUUCUCCCCUAUGGUUUUCCUCUACCUCAGUACUGUCAUCCCAUCCAUUUGGUUUCUGGAGCUGAGCCUAUUACAGUCCAAGUUGCCCCUCAACGCUUCCUCCGGUCAUGAGCUUCAUUUGCUGGCCCACAUCCCCAUCUCAGUGGGCAUUGAAGAACUUGGACCAGAGAACUGGGUGGCAGGACUGGAGCAGACCAUGCUUAUUGUGCUGGUUCUGGGCCGCUGGCUAAUGCCCAAAGGGGACAUGUCACGGGACCAGCUCUCUCAGCUCCUCUUGGUAUAUGUUGGACUGGGAGCUGAUAUCCUAGACAUCUUUGAUACUUUCAAGGAACCUGAAGUCAAAGGCAACCGGGUGGUCGUCAUCGUUGGCCUUGCCCUCUUCUCUUGGGCGCUCAUGCAGUUUCCACUGGUUCUCACCCAGACGCGAGCCUCACAGGGUGACGUUCCUAGGAGCUGGAAUAGCCUCCCUUGCUGUCAUCAACCCUCAUCGUCAUUACCUCCUUGCUUCUUCAACGAAAUAUGGAGUUUGUUGCUAACUGUGGGGCUCCAGGAUGCACCGUUCCUGGUUUAUCGUCUAUACCUCAUGAUAAAAGAGCAAGUCCAGAACCAGCUGAUGAUUUUCUUCACCUGCAAGAACAUACUGAUUGUCCUUUUGGAGCUUUACAGAAUCUUUGUGGUCCAGUUUGAACAGCAGGUGCAGGAGUCAGUGCUGGAAAGAUGUGAGGCCCUGACAACCUAUUGUCAAACCCUUGGAGGCAGUGAGGUAGAGUUGGGUGAAGAAGGAAGGCGCAAAAUGGGGAGUAGUGCAGAGCAGAGCUAUUGUAUGGACAUGGAACUGGGAAUCGAAGGAGAGGAAGAUCAUAGAGUGUCUACGUAAAGAAAAACCAGCAAGUGUCUCAAGACGUGACUGACCCCUUGGGAAACAAGAACGAGGCUGCUUUCACUUGUCAAGAUGAAAGCUGAAUGUGUCAACCAUCCCUUGCAUCUCAUCCUCAUUCGAAGACAGUCUCAGCUCUCAGGAGGUUUGGGAACAAGAUAUAGGCGCACAAAAGAAGAGUCUGUCCCCACAAAGGCAGAUCAGACAGGAUUUCUUGCUGCUCUCUUUGAUAAAACCAAAGAAAACUCUCAUACAAAAAAAAAGAUCAUGUCAACACUCUGACCCAAGAGAUGUUAGUUUCUCAUUCACAUAAAGCAGUUAGUAAUGACAACGGAC